AUGCGAACAGAAGCUCGUCGAAAAAAUCUCCUCAUUCUAAUUUUGCAUUAUUUAAUGGAGGAAGGGUAUGUCAAUGCUGCAAAUGCUUUGGAACAAGAGACGAAAUUAAGUUUGCGUGGCUUUGAAGUUUGUGACAACAUUGAUCUUGAGACAAUUUUGAUGGAAUAUGAAAGCUAUUACUUUGUAAAAUUUCAAAAGUAUCCUAAAAUUACCAAAAAGGUCCUGGACACUGCAGAAAAUAAACAACAGCUGAGAACUGGAGGAAGACCAAGAAGGGCAGCAAGCUCUUCUCAGAAUCUCCCAAGGCUCAAACAUCAGACAGAGCAACGACCACUGUCAAAAACUUCACCUGGGAGUACAAUGGAAUUUAAGUCAUGCACCAAGGAGAGCCCCAUACAGAGUAACGACAGCGCAGUUAGUCUGGAGCAAUCUGACUUCGGCUUAAGCAUCUCAGCAAUCAAAAAAACUGGAGGAGACAGCACUCACCCAAGAAGGGGCCAAGUAAUUGACUUCCAUGAGGCAAUUCAGGAUGCUGUCAAAGUAUCAUCAAAUGGAAUAGCCUUGAACAGCCUUAAUUGUGAUCCAGAUCCAUCAGAACGAUUAUUGAAACCCCUUAGUGCUUUUAUUGGCAUGACUGGUGAGAUGAGAGAGCUUGCAACAGUCGUAAGCAAAGCCAUUUAUCUCCAUAAUCCAAACGUGAAGUGGGACGAUAUUAUUGGACUGGAUGCAGCUAAAAGGCUAGUCAAGGAGGCAGUUGUUUAUCCCAUAAGGUACCCCCAGCUGUUCACAGGCAUUCUGUCUCCUUGGAAAGGACUAUUGCUGUAUGGACCACCAGGUACUGGAAAAACUUUGCUUGCUAAGGCUGUUGCCACAGAAUGCAAUACUACCUUUUUCAACAUAUCAGCAUCCACCAUUGUCAGCAAGUGGAGGGGUGAUUCAGAAAAACUUGUCCGGGUGUUAUUUGAGCUUGCCCGGUACCAUGCUCCUUCCACAAUUUUCCUGGAUGAGCUGGAGUCAGUUAUGAGUCAAAGAGGCCCUAUUUCUAGUGGUGAACAUGAAGGAACUCGGCGGAUGAAAACAGAAUUACUGGUGCAGAUGGAUGGCUUGGCCCAAUCUGAUGAUCUUGUAUUUGUUUUAGCAGCUUCCAAUCUGCCAUGGGAGUUAGAUCCUGCCAUGCUGAGACGGCUGGAGAAGAGGAUUUUGGUUGACCUCCCAAGUAAAGACGCACGGCGGGGGAUGAUCCAGCACUGGCUGCCCCCUCUGAGCAACAGCGGAGGAGUGGAGCUGAGAACGGAUCUGGACUACAGCUUGCUGGGCCAGGAAACAGACGGGUACUCUGGCUCAGACAUAAAACUCGUGUGCAAGGAAGCAGCUAUGAGACCAGUGAGGAAAAUCUUCGAUGCUCUCGAAAAUCAUCAGCCAGGUAACAGUAACUUACCUGUGAUCCGAUUAGACACGAUCACAACAGCAGAUUUCCUGGAUGUGAUCGCCCACACCAAGCCCUCAGCAAAGAAUCUAAGCCAGAAGUACACAGCUUGGCAGAGAGAAUUUGAGUCAGUUUGA